AUGGUGAUGGAGUCAUCAAAAUGGUGGUGGAUUGGAAAUCACAACACGACAAAUUUCUCUCCAUGGCUUCACUCUACUCUCUCUGAGUUGGAUGAAAAGACUAAGGAAAUGCUGAGAGUGAUUGAUGAGGAUGCGGAUUCUUUUGCCGCACGAGCUGAGAUGUAUUACAAGAAAAGGCCUGAGCUUGUAGCUAUGGUGGAAGAAUUCUACCGUUCUCAUCGCUCUUUAGCCGAGAGGUACGACUUGUUGAGACCAUCUUCUCUGCACAAACAUGGCUCAGAGAGCCACGAGAAAUCAUCGACUUGCGAUGCAUCUUCGUGGUCCGAGGCAUGUGAGCUUCAUGACGACUACGCAGAAUCUGAAAUAGAUGAUGGUGAAAGAAAAUGGGUCGAUGAAGGUGAAAUCGAUGGCAUUGUCGAGGAAACAGAAUCAUUCCAAGUCGAUUACGGUGAAGAAAAUGGAAAUUUUGAGAUGGUGAAGGAAGAGAUAGAGAGGCUGAGAGAGGAGAAUAAGGUUUACAGUGAAAUGGUUAAAGAGAAAGAUGAAGAGAAGAGAGAAGCUAUAAGGCAAAUGAGUUUAGCAAUACAAAUGCUUAAAGAAGAGAACUCAGAGCUCAAGAAGCGUGUUUCUACCGUCGCUGCGAGGCGUAAUAAGGAAGGUGAUGAUGAUGAUGAUUCUCAGAGGAAGAAACUGAUGUGGAAGCCAUUUGAGUUUAAGAAGAUUAAGCUUGAAGGGUUUUGGGGGAAAGUAAUGGGAAAUUGGGUCCUCCCAAACACAGAUUCUACUUCCAGAGAGCUCAUUACUCUUGAAAAAACAGAGAGGUCUGUGUAA